CUAUAUAGCCUUGCGACUGUCAGUUGUUAGAAAGUCGCGAGCGGAGUAGGUGGUGUUGCGGUGUUUUGUUUGCGAAUGUGUCGGUGAGAGCGCCUUACUCACAGCAAUGUGUUCCAUGAUUUACGGAAGAAGCUGCGACAUUGAAACCAUGCCCCAGACGGUGCCUUCAGCGUGUUUCAGCCCUACCUGCGACUACACUAACUUCGCAGCCGACUGCUUUGACCUGUCGCUGCUGCCCUCUGACAGUGAAGUGCCGUAUUCGCCCACGAACUUGCACCAGCUCAUGUCCCUGUACUGUGACCCCACAGGAUCUCCCCCGCCCAUGUUCCCGGAAUUCCUGGAUGACCUGCAGGUCCUGAAGACGAUGAGCCAGCAGCAAAAGUCAGUGAAGGAGGAGCCGACGUACUUCCAGCAUCAGGUGUACUCCGUACCGCCGCAGCCUCCGUCCCCAGCGGGGUCCUCAUACGCAAGCAACCCUUCUCCGUAUCAGCACUGCCCCUCACCUUCUUCAGCCACCGGGUCCAUCAAACACGAGCACAGUAUAGACCUGCAGGAGAUCCUCCAGGAAUCGAGAUUUCUCCAGGAGUCCCUGGUCAGCGGCAGAACACUGGAGGCGAAGAAGGAGACCCAGAAGGUCGUGUCAGACUGUGCCGUGGCCACCACGGCUGCCUCUGAGAAAACGUCGACCAUCGCGGUGAUUCCCGAGAAACCGUGUCCGGAGAGGAAGGCAGGGGACCACCAGCUGCUGCGGGAGGUCCUCAGGGACAUGAGCUUCCAGAAGAAGUACAACCUUAAGCCGUUCGACUUCGAUGGGCUGGCUGCAUCGGGCUUCCUGGCGGGGGUUAAGGUGGAGGCGGACGAGGCUGGGGCGUCGUGCAGCGUCGUCAAGGGCGAGGAAGGGUCGUCGACGCUGAUGACCAUCGAGCCUGUGCUGUCGCUGGCGAUCGAGCAGAUCAGGGUGGACAUCAGCAACACGUGCAGCGUGCUGGGCAUCGCCUCGGACUUGGCUCAGUGGACAGUGGAUGAUGUCAAGGCCUGGCUCCUGUGGACGCUGCGUCAAUACAAUAUGCCCAUGAUCCGCAUUGAAUACUUCAAUAUGGAUGGUGUGGCACUCUCAGCCCUCUCAGAAGAGGAGUUCCAGAAGAGAGCACCUGAGUGUGGCAGCACACUGUACGCCCGUCUUGAGAUCUGGAAGGCAGCUUGUGCAGAAGUAGAGUCGCAGCCGGACGUCGGUGGUACACCCCAGUGGAACUGCAGCAACUCGAGUGGCUCCAGUGGUGAAGUGUCUGAAGAUGAAGAGGAGGAGGAGCCAGAGCCUGCACCAAGUGGCAUACUACAAGAAGGGUAUCAUGAAGAAGACAGAAAGAUCGCAGAGGCUGGUGUACCAGUUCUGCCACCCGUACUGUCUGUAGACAGUAAGAGUGUUGUUGUCGGCAAUUAUUUCUGUAUAAAGAAUCAAUCGUCUGUUUCAUCGCAUUUAGAAGUGUCCAGACUGCUGGCAAAGUGGAAGGUUGUUCAGGACGUGGGGAAGCUUGGCACAGACCUUACCUCACGAGAUCAUAUUGUUAUAGAGGAAAGGUCAUGUAAUAGAAAUUACUAUUGCUCAGUAGAGGAUGUCAGCUUUACUGCAGAGAGGACAGCGAACACAGAUGUGGGAUUUAUCAACCUCCUUGAGAAGCAGGACAAGCCAUGGAACAAUGUAAGGGAGCAUAAAUCUGGCGGGGAGUGA